AUGUAUGAUUCUCAUGCACCUGGGAAACAAAGCUUUAAGUCAAGCUCACCUGUUUGCCAUGAUUUCGGUGUCUCUUCCUUGCUACUUGUUGGCCUCGUAGCCGGCGAAGUUCAUUUGAUUGACCCAUUCCACAAAGAAGUUUGUAAGGUAUUUAACGAGGAGAAGUACAUCGAACGUACUGCCGUCACCUGUGUCCGAUGGGUCCCGUAUUCCACCAAUCAAUUUCUCGUAGCCCAUGCAAGCGGUCACAUGUAUCUUUAUAACGAAGAACUACCUUGUUGUCCCACGCCUCCAGUUUUUCAGCAAUUUAAGAAAGGUGUUAGCUUCGUUGUCUACACAUGCAAGACCAAAUCCACAUGCAAUCCUCUCUACAAUUGGGCUCUUACAAAUAUGUUCUCAGAAUCGCCUCUGCCAAAAGUGUUUGAUGACUGUGAUGUUUCUACCGCCUCCCUACCCUCCAUCAACCAAUUUUCUUUUUCCACCUGUGGCAAGUAUCUUGCUGUUGUCACCGAAGACGGGUUUCUUCGCGUUUUUGAUUACCAUCGAAUGCACCUCUAUGGCUUUAUGCGUUCGUACUUUGGUGGACUUACAUGCGUGGAUUGGUCCCCAGAUGGGAAGUACGUCGUUGUAGGCGGACAAGACGAUCUUAUCACCAUAUGGUCCUUCACUGCACAGGCAGUAAUUUGUCGAGGUCAGGGUCAUAAAUCCUGGACAAGUGUGGUCCGAUUUGAUCCAUUUGUGUACUCACCUUCUCUUUGCAAUGGGGCCUCUAUGAUGGGUGAUUUUGUAUCAUCUCGUGACCCUGAAAACCCUCACGUUCUGUCCAACUCAUCAAGUAGUGGCCUUCGUUCCUUGUCAACAGAGGUCGAUUCAACCUUCCGUACUUACCGUCUGGGCUCUGUUGGUCAGGAUACAUUUUUGUGUUUAUGGGAACUAACGGAAGACAUCAUUCGUCAAGGCCUCCGCUUUUCAAGUCACUACCAUAACUCCACGACUGAUGGCCGCCAUCAUCUAGCCUCAAUCUCCUCCACCGGUUGCAGUGCCGAUGCAGUUGAUGGGUUAGAAAAAAGCCGAACCAUGCCCCGUAGUGGCGCUGCACCAGGGAAGCGCAAGUCCUUCCUCCUCAGCAGCUUUCGAUCACCCUUGCUGCUGUCUUCACGUCAUUCCGACCGCAGUGACGUCUCGGGCAAAUCGUCAGUCCUCUCCGAAAGUGGGUAUCUUCCUCCACCUGCUGACCUGCGUCUUCCUGACGGAACUACUGGCUCCUCCUUGCUUAUCUCAGCUAGAGAUCUUCUUGGCACCCCGAAUUGUCCGCGACUCUCGGACGUUCCCAUCUUGGAGCCGUUCGCCAAGUUCGGCAUCACUCGGGACCUCAUCACUGACCUGGUCUUCCGCGAGGACAGCAUUAACCUUGCUUUCCAACAGGGCGUCAUAUUGACCUUCACACGUCCGGUCGACCACCAACAUCCGGAGGCGUGUGUCGCAACCGGUGACUUGAGUAACUAUGAUGCCUCCAACUUGAUUGAGAGCCGCGGCGACGGAGUGGAUGAUGAUGAUGGUAAUGAUGAUGACGUGGGCGACGACGAAGACGAUGAGGGGGAAGCAGUGGACAGUUCCCCGGUUCACCUGCGUGGCUCCCCUUCGAGCGAUUCAACAGUCGCGUGCUCCCCAAGCGUCGCUGCCUCCUCCUCUUCCUACCACCGCCUCCCUUCAACUAUCAAGCGACCUUACCUGCCUUCCACCGCCAACUUCAGCUGGUCGUCUCGUUCGUCCUUUGCUCCGGCUUCGAGCACAGCGACGCCAGCCCUGGCCAAUGACAUGCCCGGUCACGCGUUUAGAUAG